GAUGGCGCACUUCGAGCAUGGAGGAGCAGUCAGAACCACCUGCUUAACCCUGCAGUCCUUGCCACUGACCUCUCACCCUAUAAAUCCAACGCAGAAGACGGAGGAUCAAGUAAAGUUGGGACAACACGGUGGGAAAUGAAGGGCUCGGUGGUCAUCGGCAUUUUCCUUUCUCUUUGGUCUCUUGCGCCGCAGCAAUUCAUGGGGAUGCAAGAAGCGAAGAGAGAGGUGUAUGUGAUCUACAUGGGAGCUGUCCCUGUUGCUUCCUCUGGGGACAUGUUGAGAGAGAACCACCUUCAGCUUCUGUCCUCCGUGUUGAGAAGGGGACAGUCGCCAGAAAAGACACUACUUUGGAGCUACAGACAUGGCUUCUCCGGCUUCGCAGCCAGAUUGUCCAAGGAAGAAGCCGUCGCCAUCAGCGAAAAGGCAGGGGUGGUUUCGGUGUUCCUCGACCCGAUCUACCAGCUUCACACCACCAGAUCAUGGGACUUCUUGCGACAAACAUCCUUGGAGACCGACUCGAAGCCGGAUGAGGAAGCAGCUUCUUCGCCUCAGACCUCCGACACUAUCAUAGGAUUCUUGGACACCGGCGUUUGGCCGGAAUCGUCGAGCUUCAACGACAAAGAAAUGGGUGCUGUUCCCGGGCGAUGGAAGGGAGUGUGCAUGGCAGGGUCUAACUUCAGUGCAUCCAGUUGUAACAAGAAGCUAAUUGGAGCAAGGUAUUAUUCUUCGGACGAUGACAUGGCCACACCAACCAAAUGGUUGAGUGGCGACUCCCCCCGAGAUGCUUCCGGUCAUGGGACGCACACGGCGUCCACCGCGGCCGGGAGCUCGGUUAUGGACGCCUCCUACUACGGCCUCGCGAGGGGGAUAGCCAAGGGCGGCUCGACCUCGUCGCGGAUCGCAAUGUACCGUGUGUGCUUCGAGGACGGCUGCCCUGGCUCUGCCAUUCUGGCUGGGUUUGACGACGCCAUCCGCGACGGCGUCGACCUGAUGUCGGUGUCGCUGGGGGCGUCCAAGUUCAACAGACCGGACUUCGCGGCCGACCCCAUCGCCAUCGGAGCAUUCCACGCCGUGGCCAAGGGGAUCACGGUGGUGUGCUCGGCAGGGAACGAUGGACCCUCUUCGGCCUCCCUUGUGAACACUGCUCCUUGGAUUCUGACCGUCGCCGCGACGACCAUCGAUCGAGACUUCGAGUCCGAUGUCGUCUUAGGCGGCAACAAGGCAAUCAAAGGAGGAGCCAUAAACUUCUCUGGUCUGCAGAAGUCCCCGGUUUACCCGUUGAUCUACGGGGAAGCAGCAAAGUCCAAUUCGAGCUCCAAUGAUGGAUCUGCAAGUCACUGUGAUCUGGGAACACUGGAAGCCAACAAGAUCCGAGGCAAGAUAGUCCUCUGCAACCAUUCAACGGGCGACUUCUCGAAGACGUUCAGGACAGAAGAAUUGAAGAGCUCAGGAGCCGUCGGAGCCAUCUGGAUCAGUGACAUGCAAAGAGGCGUGGCUGAUACCUACAACUCCUUCCCUGUGACCCAAAUCUCCUCACAGGCAGCUGAUGAGAUCCUCAGCUACAUGAACUCCACCAAAAACCCAGUCGGCACGAUACUCGCGACGGUCACGGUUACGAAGUAUAGGCCGGCGCCGGUGGUGGCGUACUUCUCUUCCAGAGGUCCGUCAACGGAGGCGAGUGGCAUCCUCAAGCCUGAUGUUGCUGCACCUGGAGUGAACAUCCUUGCAGCAUGGAUCCCAGGCGAGGACUCAUCGGAUGUUCCCCCAGGUCAGAAGCCUUCACCAUUCAAACUCGUCUCCGGAACCUCCAUGUCUUGCCCUCAUGUCGCCGGAGUCGCUGCCACUGUCAAGUCUUGGAACCCAAGCUGGAGCCCCGCCGCUAUCCGAUCGGCCAUCAUGACCACCGCUACUCAGGUAAACAAUGACGACGCACCACUGACGACCGAGUCCGGAUCAACCGCGACUCCCUACGACAUUGGAGCUGGAGAAGUGAGCCCAACGGCUGCGCUGCAACCAGGCCUGGUGUAUGAAGCAGGACCUGAGGAUUACUUCCGGUUCUUAUGCAACUAUGGCUAUCCACCAUCCAAACUCCGACUCAUAGCUGAUACACCGGAAGGAUACAAAUGCCCGGAAAACUCGAGCAAGCAGCUCAUCUCCGAUCUCAAUUAUCCAUCGAUCGCCAUCUCAAACUUCACAGGGAAGGAGAGCAAGAUUGUGAACCGGAUCGCGACAAACGUUGGAGCCGAAGAAGAUGCUACUUAUGCUGUGAGUGUCAAGUCUCCACCUGAGUUAGAUGUGCAGGUGGUACCAAACAAGCUUCAUUUCUCCAAGAACACCACGAAGCUCAGCUACCAAGUGAUCUUCUCUGCUACCAAGGCAUCAGUGAAGGGUGAUUUGUUUGGAUCCAUCACUUGGUCAGAUGGAAUCCACAGAGUCAGAAGCCCAUUUGCUGUGAGAGGCAUAUAGCAUGCAUUUCCUGGAUGUAACACUAAACUCAUUAUUAUAUAGCUCGACAUAAAUUAUGCUUACAUAAUUCAUCA